CAAUCCCUCCCGCGAAGGCUGUUUCUCCCCUUCUGCCAACGUCUCCCUCCAAAUCCCGGACCCGUCUCUAUUCCCCCGUGUCGUUUUUGCCGUGCAGGCUAUAUCCGAGAAGGUUUCCUGGCGGUGCAGCAUGCGGUGGACAGAGCCAUCAUGCAGUACCACGCCAACGCCAGCUCCGCCAGCCUGCUGGAGAACAUCACGGUGGUGGUGCAGCGCUUCCCCUACCCGGCGUACGUCAACGACCUCUUCCUCCUCGCCAUCCAGAACCAGCUGCCCCUGCUGCUCAUGCUCAGCUUCACCUACACCUCGCUCAACAUCGUCCGCGCCGUCGUGCACGAGAAGGAGAAGAAGCUGAAGGAGUACAUGCACAUGAUGGGCCUCAGCAACUGGUUGCACUGGAGCGCCUGGUUCCUCAUGUUCUUCCUCUUCCUCCUGGUGUCUGUGUUUUUCGUCACCGUGCUCUUCUGUGUCAAGGUGAGCGAACAGGGAGCGGUGCUCACCAACAGCGACCCCACGCUGGUGUUCACCUUCCUCGCCAUCUUCUCCAUCUCCUCCAUCUCCUUCAACUUCAUGGUGAGCACCUUCUUCUCGAGAGCAAACGUUGCGGCUGCCGCUGGCGGCUUCCUCUACUUUUUCUCCUACAUCCCUUACUUCUUCAUCUCGCCCCGCUACGACCUGAUGUCCCACAGCCAGAAGCUGGCGUCCUGCCUCAUCUCCAACGUGGCCAUGGCCAUGGGGGCACAGCUUAUAGGCAUGUUCGAAGGAAAAGGGACCGGCAUUCAGUGGAGGGACCUCCUGAAGCCCGUCAGCGUGGACGACAACUUCACCUUGGCCCAAGUGCUGGGGAUGCUGCUCCUGGACUCGGCGCUCUACGGCAUGGUGGCCUGGUACGUGGAGGCCGUCUUUCCAGGGGAGUACGGCGUGCCUCAGCCGUGGUACUUCUUCUUGACGCCCUCGUACUGGUGCGGGCGCCCCAGGACUGUGGUGGGAAAAGAGAAGGAGGAGGAGGAGGACCCCGAGAAAGCCCUGAAGAGCCAGUACAUUGAGGAGGAACCUGCCGACCUCGUGUCGGGAAUCAAAAUAAAGCACCUUUCCAAGGUCUUCAAAGUGGGAAACAAGAUGAAAGAGGCAGUCAAGGACUUAACGGUGAACAUGUAUGAAGGGCAGAUCACCGUCCUGUUGGGACACAACGGUGCUGGGAAGACCACCACUCUGUCCAUGCUCACAGGUCUGCACUCUCCGACGGGCGGGCAGGCGUACAUCAACGGCUACGAGAUCUCCCAGGACAUGGUCCUGAUCCGCCGCAGCCUGGGCCUGUGUCCCCAGCACGACGUCCUCUUCGACAACAUGACGGUGGAAGAGCACCUCCACUUCUAUGCAGGGCUGAAGGGGUACCCACCCUCCAAGUGCCCCGAGGAGAUCAACCACAUCCUGAGGAUCCUCAACCUGGAGGACAAACGCCGCGCUCUGACCAAGGCGCUCUCCGGCGGCAUGAAGCGCAAGCUCUCCAUUGGCAUUGCCCUCAUUGGGGACUCCAAGGUGGUGAUGCUGGAUGAGCCAACGUCAGGGAUGGACCCAGCCUCUCGCAGGGCCACGUGGGACCUCCUGCAGCAGCAGAGGAGCAACCGCACCAUCCUGCUGACCACCCACUUCAUGGAUGAGGCUGACCUGCUGGGGGACCGCAUAGCUAUCAUGGCCAAGGGCGAGCUGCAAUGCUGCGGCUCCUCGCUCUUCCUCAAGCGUAAAUACGGGGCAGGAUAUCACAUGGUGAUGGUGAAGGAGCCCUACUGUAACCUGGGGGAGAUCUCCCGCCUCAUCUGUCAGUACGUGCCCAACGCCACCAUGGAGAGCAACGCCGGGGCAGAGCUGUCCUUCAUCCUGCCCAAGGAGAGCACGCACAGGUUUGAGGCCCUGUUCACGGAGCUGGAGCAGAAGCGGGAGGAGCUGGGCAUCGCCAGCUACGGUGCCUCGGUCACCACCAUGGAGGAAGUCUUCCUGAGGGUUGGGAAGCUUGUGGACUCCAGCAUGGAUAUCCAAGCCAUCCAGCUGCCUGCUCUCCAGUACCAGCACGAGAGACGCUCCAACGACUGGGCCAUGGAUGAUUCCAGCAGCCUGAGCGGCAUGACAGAUAUGACGGACGACAGCGGGGCGCUCAUUACGGAGGACUGCUCCAGCAUCAAGCUCAACACCGGGUUCUACCUGUGCUGCCAGCAGUUCUACGCCAUGUUCAUGAAGCGAGCCAUGUACAGCUGGCGCAACUGGAAGAUGGUGGCAGCGCAGUUCCUUGUGCCUCUGAUCUUCACUGCCUUUGCCCUCAUCGUGGCCAAGACCUUCCCGGGACCCAGAGACUCCUCCCUGCUGAGGCUGACGCUGGAGCCCUACGGCCAGACCAUCGUGCCUUUCUGCAUCUCGGAUGCCUCGGGUCUGUCGCAGAGGUUGGCGGAGCAGUACGUGGAGCUGCUGGACGCCCAGCGUCAGUCACCGCUGGAGGUGCUGGAUGGCCUGGAGGAGUACCUCAUCUCAAAAGCCUCUGAGGAAGGGGGAGCCUUCAACGAGCACUACAUCGCAGCCGCCUCCUUCGAAGGAGCCGGGAACCGCACGGUGGUCACCGCGCUCUUCAACAACCAGGCGUAUCACUCCCCCGCCACGGCCCUUAUGCUGGCCGACAACGCUGUCUUCAGGGUACUGGCGGGCCCCAACGCCUCCAUCACGGUCACCAACUACCCUCAGCCCCGCAACAUCACCGAGAAGGCCAAAGACCAGCUCAUGGAAGGCCAGACCGGGUUCGCCAUUGCCAUCAACUUGCUGUACGGCAUGGCCUCCCUCGCCAGCACCUUCGCUCUGCUGCUGGUCAGCGAGCGGGCCAUCAAAGCCAAGCACGUCCAGUUUGUCAGUGGCGUCUACGUGGUCAACUUCUGGCUUUCUGCCCUGCUCUGGGACAUCAUCAACUUCCUCAUCCCUUGUGCUCUGAUGCUGGUGAUAUUCCAAGCCUUUGACGUGCAAGCCUUCACCCAAGACAGCCACCUCGUUGAUGUGAUGCUGAUCUUCCUCCUUUAUGGCUGGGCCAUUAUCCCCCUCAUGUACCUCCUCAGCUUCUUCUUCUCGGUGGCAGCCACGGCCUACACCCGUCUCACCAUCUUCAACAUCCUCUCAGGCACGGCCACCUUCCUCGCAGUCACCAUCAUGAGCAUCCCAGAGCUGGGCUUGGUGGAUCUCUCCAAAACCCUGGAUAAAGUCUUUCUUGUCUUACCCAAUUACUGCUUGGGCCAAUGCAUCAGUGACUUCUACCAGAAUUACGAGUUCAUUCAGUUUUGUACCUCCUCCGUUGAAGCCAUCUUCAUCUGCAAGGCAUUCAAUAUCAGUUAUCAGAUGAACUAUUUUUCCUGGGAGACACCUGGGAUCGGACGAUACCUGACCUCCUUGACCAUCCAGGGUUUCUCCUUCCUCUUCCUCCUUUUUCUCAUUGAGACAAACCUUCUCUGGAGACUGAGAACUUUGGUCUGUGGCAUCUGCAGGCGGCGCAAAUGGGUGGCACUGCUGAACAGGGUGUCUGUGCUGCCAGAGGACCGGGACGUGGCAGAUGAGAGGAAGAAGGUUUUGGAGUCGCCACCAGAACUGCUGUCAUCUCUCAGCAGCCCUCUGGUCAUCAAGGAGCUCACCAAGGUCUACGACAGCCGGGAGUCCCUGCUGGCAGUGGACAGGAUCUCCUUAGCGGUCAGCAAAGGGGAAUGCUUUGGCCUUCUUGGCUUCAAUGGAGCGGGCAAAACCACCACCUUCAAGAUGCUGACUGGUGACGAGAGCAUCACAUCAGGGGAUGCCUUUGUGGAUGGCCACAGCAUUCUGGCCAACAUCAAGAAGGUCCAGCAGCGGAUCGGCUACUGCCCGCAGUUCGAUGCCCUCCUGGACCACAUGACGGGCCGCGAGACCCUGAGCAUGUACGCCCGGCUGCGGGGCAUCCCCGAGCGCUACAUCGGCAGCUGCGUGGAGAACAUGCUGAGAGGGCUGCUCCUGGAGCCCCACGCCGACAAGCUCGUGAGGACCUACAGUGGUGGUAACAAGCGGAAGCUGAGCGCUGGCAUUGCCCUCAUCGGUGGUCCCCCCGUGAUCUUCCUGGAUGAGCCCUCCACCGGCAUGGACCCCGUGGCCCGACGUUUGCUCUGGGACGCAGUGACGCGGACGCGGGAGUGUGGCAAAUCCAUCAUCUUCACCUCCCACAGCAUGGAGGA